AUGCGCUCUCAAAUCCUUCUCGUCCUCCGUCUUGCAUCGCGCCCGGCCCUCAAGGUCGCGGCCGUUCCUCGUACCACCCCCGUCCGUUACGCCCAUGCCCACCAAGAGUCCUUCGAGGCAUUCUCGGAACGCUACGUGACCUUCUUCCAGAACGCUGAGGACCUCUUCGAGCUCCAGCGCGGUCUCAACAACUGUUUCGCCCACGAUCUCGUCCCCAGCCCUGCGGUCAUCGAGGCUGCUGUCAGGGCUGCCAGGAGGGUGAACGACUACUCGACUGCUGUCAGGAUCUUCGAGGGUGUUAGUGAGAAGGUUGAGAACAAGGCGCAAUACCAGGCGUAUUUGGAUGAACUGAAGCCUCUCAGGGAGGAACUUGCGCGACUCAUCACCGAGCUGCAAGGCAUUAUGACCAAGGAUGAGUUGUACCCGAAAUCGUCAUAA